UUGCAUUUUUUUCGAAAUAUUUUCUUUUUCAAGGACCUUAUCGCGCUGUUUAAAUCGCGAGGGCAUGUGCAAUGUACUGGUGAUGAUGGUGGUGCAGCGGGGCAGCAGCGUCCCGUUGUUGUCGGGAUGGUUGGUUAUCCAAAUCUCGUUCUAUGCGAUUGCCCGGGUCUCGUAAUGCCAUCGUUUGCGCUGAGUCGCAAUGAAAUGAUUUUAAAUGGAAUUCUCUCAGUGGACCACAUGCAUGACUAUUUCUCACCCGUUGCACUUCUGUUAACGAGAAUUCCACGAGAAUGUUUCGAAAAGACAUAUUCACUUAUGCUAACGGGUAUUGCCGACAGUUGUGACAGUGAAGAGACGCCGAUUAGCGCGCAUGACCUUCUCACCGCAGUCGCCUUUAUGCGAGGAUAUAUGUCAUCGUCCGGUGUAGCAGAUUGUUCACGUGCUGCACGUCUCAUUUUGAAAGAUGUAGUAACUGGGAAAUUGAAAUGGGUUGCUGCACCACCAGAUGUGGACCAGAAAGAAUUCGAUAAGCUGACGUACGGUGAAAUCACUGAAACAGCUAAAACACACACUUCCAGCGGGCUUGAGAAGCGCCAUCUACUGGAAGAUAUGAAGAUCUCAGAUUCUUCACUGGAUCAGCAGUUCUUUGGUGGCACAAGCAAUCAAGCACACAUUCGUAGUGUUCGCACUGGCGCCAAACUAAAUCCCACGGAAGCACAUCUCUCUAAGAAGCAUUUCAAUAAAGGCAAGAAAGAAAAAUUACGCCGAAUAUAUGACAAUCAAGUGUAA